AUGGAUUCCGGCGAGGAUGCCUUGCUCUGGUCCUAUCGCUUUCGCGCCUCUCCAGUGCUUAAAGAAUUGGUUAACCAUGGUCAUUUAGUUAUUUCCCAUCGCUUGCAGCAAGAGGUACUGACUCAAUCAGCAUCUGUACCUUUUGAUGAGGGCCGAUUGUUGAAGAAAGACGUGGAGUUCGUUUGGCAUCCGUGGACGGCGUCCUUGAUUCCCUUGCGUGGAGGGCGGAGGGCAUGCCCGGAAGCGAUUGGGCAGCAGUAUGACGACGGCGAGAGGACUGUGUCGUGGACUGCGAUAGUGCAGCAGGGCGACGACGGCGAGAGGAACGCGAGCAGGGCGACGGCGGUGAGAGGAAGGAGAUUUGGAAGAGGAGAUAUGGACGCUGCUGGGCGACCAGGGCGAGAGGAAGGGGUGGUGGACGUCGAGAACUGCUGCUGGGCGGACGCUGCUGGGCGACCAGGGCGAGAGGAAGGGGUGCUGGACGUCGAGAACUGCUGCUGGGCGGCACGCUAGCGAGGGCGAGAGGACGGCGCGGUGGAUGUCGAGAGACGGUUAGUUCAGCACGAUCUUGUUUUUUCCUGGAUCAAUGGAUACGGUUGUGAUCCGCUGGUCCGCUCCUUCAAAGAUGUAAGCGAUUUCAGGCGUUAGAUAUAUGAUUUGUAAGGCUGAGAUUUGUUGGAUGGGACGCUCUCGCUCUUUUAAAGUAGGGGAGAUGUAAGCGAUUUCAGGCGU